ACGGCCCCAGUGGAUCCGGGUGGGUGCGCGCAGGCGGUCACGGAGGUUCCAGUUUUUCCGAGCGAGGCGCCGCAGGUGUUCAGGCCGGGUCUGAAGGUGCAGCCGCUGCAUCGGUUUCUAUGGAGAUCUGCUGUGACUUCAGGAUUGACAGGAAGGCCUGGCUCCUUCCCUCCCCCGCGCCCACAGCUUCCAGAGGAGCGAACAGCCUUCCUCCCAACUCCCUGACGGCUAAGGGUCUCUAUUGAAUUGAGAAAUACAGGUUUCAUUUAACUGAGUGUGGGAUUAGUGAAAUGUUUUCCUAAGCAGUGAAAGGUGGAACAUGUCUAGACAGAGCUUGACGGCUGUGACGGUGACCGCCCUGCUGGGUGUGGCGGUGGGGGGGCUUGUCCUGUGGCGAGGCAUCCGGCGCCGGAGGAAGACAGGCCCUGUGACCCAGGAACAGCCCCAGCCACAGCAGCAAGCGCCAGGCAGGACGGCGCCCUCCCCUGCAGAAGAGGACCAGCUGCCCUCUGGCGCUCCUAGACCCUCCUGGGAGGAGAGGAUCCUCCAGGCAAAGGUGGUGACAGUGUCCCAGGAGGCAGAGUGGGAUCAGGUCCAGCCCUUGCUGUGGAGAGAGUUAGAAGAUUUUCCAGUGCUUGGAAUUGACUGUGAGUGGGUGAACUUGGAAGGCAAAGCCAGUCCUCUGUCGCUCCUACAAAUGGCCUCGCCAAGCGGCCUCUGCGUCUUGGUUCGCUUGCCCAAGCUGACCUAUGGAGGCAAGACACUACCGAGAACAUUACUGGACAUUUUGGCAGAUGGCACCAUUUUAAAAGUGGGCGUGGGAUGUUCAGAAGAUGCCAGCAAGCUUUUGCAGGAUUAUGGCCUCCUCGUUAGGGGGUGCCUGGACCUUCGAUACCUGGCUGUGCGGCAGAGAAACUUGCUCUACAAUGGGCUCAGCCUGAAAUCACUCUCUGAGACUGUCUUGAACUUUCCCCUUGACAAGUCCCUUCUGCUUCGUUGCAGCAACUGGGAUGCUGAGAGUCUUACAGAGGACCAGGUGACGUAUGCUGCCAGGGAUGCCCAGAUUUCAGUGGCUCUCUUCCUUCAUCUUCUCGGAUACCCUUUCUCUAGGAAUUCUCCUGUAGAAGCAAGCAGCGGCCACAGUGGCUGGAGAAAAGUCUUGGAGAAAUGCUGCGACGUGGUAGACAUCCCCUUCCGAAGCAAGGGAGUUAGCAGAUUGGGAGACAAAGUGAAUGGGGAAGCAAGAGGAUCUCAGCAGAAGCCAAGAAAUAAGUCUAAGAGCGGUGGCGUGGUGCCAGGCAACCACCAAGGGAGAGACCCCAGGAAGAACAAAAGGAAGCCCCUAGGGGUGGGCUACUCUGCCAGAAAGUCGCCCCUUUAUGACAACUGCUUUCUCCACGCUCCUGACGGACAGCCCCUCUGCACCUGUGACCGAAGGAAGGCUCAGUGGUACCUGGACAAAGGCAUCGGAGAGCUGGUGAGUGAAGACCCUUUCGUGGUCAAGCUGCAGUUUGAGCCUGCAGGGAGACCUGAGUCCCCGGGAGACUAUUACCUGAUGGUGAAGGAGAACGUGUGUGCGGUGUGUGGCAAGGCAGACUCCUACAUCCGGAAGAAUGUGAUCCCACAUGAGUACCGGAAGCACUUCCCCAUUGAAAUGAAGGACCACAACUCCCACGAUGUGCUGCUGCUCUGCACUUCCUGCCAUGCCAUCUCCAACUACUAUGACAACCAUUUGAAGCAGCAGCUGGCCAAGGAGUUCCAGGCCCCCAUCGGCUCUGAGGAGGGCUUGCGCCUGCUGGAGGAUCCUGAGCGCCGGCAGGUGCGCUCUGGGGCCAGGGCCCUGCUUAAUGCGGAGAGCCUCCCUGCCCAUCGGAAGGAGGAGCUGCUGCAAGCACUCAGAGAAUUUUACAGCACCGAUGCCGUCACAGAGGAGAUGCUCCAAGAGGCCGCCAGCCUGGAGACCAGGAUUUCCAACGAAAGCUACGUUCCCCAUGGGCUGAAGGUGGUGCAGUGUCACGCCCGAGGUGGGCUGCGCUCCCUCAUGCGGCUGGAGAGCCGCUGGCGUCAGCACUUCCUGGACUCCAUGCAGCCCCGGCACCUGCCCCAGCAGUGGUCAGUGGACCAUAACCACGAGAAGCUGCUGCGCAAGUACGGGGAUGACCCUCCCGUGCAGCUGUCGUGACUGCGGCUCUCCGCCCCGUCGGGACGGUGGGAAGCUGGAAGGAAAGGCUGGAAAGCCCCCUCGUCCUGUUUUACUCCAUCACUGCCCCGCCCGGGUGGCCCCACUCAGUACUAACCUGUAGUCCCAGGGUGCUUUUUAAGUGAGGGGAGCUCAUGGUUUUGUGUUUUCACUGGGCAGAGUAUUUUUUUUCCUUCCUCUUAUUUUUGUGCACAAGAGAGGCCUUAGCCUUUCUUUCUCUCUCUCCUGCUUGCCCUUUGAAGAGGGAAAAUGAAGACUUCUCCCUGAAGUGACGUGGCAAGAUGCUGAGAAAGUGGGUGAGAGUUCUUCCCUGCCCGCCCCGGUUUCCCUCCCGGCAGAUGGGUACUGUGCCAGCCCUGUCAGGAGGGAGAUGUCCUUACAGAGGGUGGAGGAGUGACCCAGGAGUCACGUUCAUUUUCCCAGGUCAGCCUCAGAAGUCUGAUUUUCCUUGCUCUUCCGUGAUUCAUCCGGUUGGGACCCAGCCCCAGCCACCUAGGUUGCUUUGGUUUAUUUCACAUACUUGAAAAUGCUGCCCUUCACACAUCUGGGACCAAAGCAGCGACUUCUGCCGUGUGCGUCUACCCAGCACGGGGCUGACUCCCUGCCUGAAGCCGGCCUCCAGCCUGGACCGGGUCUGGGAAGGCCGCGGUAGCUUAUUCAGCCUUCCUCAGUUGUUCGUUGCCUGCCUGUUGCCCUCCUGCCCAGAACCGUGAGGUUUUUUAGCUUGAUCUCUUUCUGAGGGGAGAUUAUCUGUUCUUAGAACCCGUGUCAUCUCCCGUCAGUGUUCCAGGUGCCAUCAGAUUUGCAAUGCUGACCUCUUUUCACACUGAAUUCACUCCCAGAGCCGUGUGGUCAGGUUGUGGGGUGAAGACUUCGCCUCCUCUGACGCCCGGGACCCUGAGAUUAACUUGUACUUUAGAUGUUCAAGGGGUGAACGUUUCCUCUUUCAAAAUGUUAGGCCACCACUUUGAGAAUGAAAUUGGUUUAUUAGUGAUUAGUAUUUUUUCUAAACUAUUAGUAAAACUUUCCUAUUUUACAAGAUCCUAAUAUGCUUGCAAGGCAUUUUAUGGCCAGACUCCAACAAGAGCUCUAUUUUGAAAUUGUGCCCAAGCUGGUGAUAAUUGAUACGACGCUGAUAAAUAAAACUACUUUUAAGCACAA